AUGACUAGUGGUAUCAAGCUCUCUUUUGCCAUGCUCUUCUUCUUGUUCUAUGCUUUUAUGGUGACGGGUGUGCUCUCUCAAGCACCCCCAACCCCACCAAUUUCUCUAACCGUCGAUCAGUCCGGCAAUGGUGACUACACUAAAAUACAAGACGCCAUUGAUGCCGUGCCGUCUAACAACGCCGCGCGUGUGUCUAUUUUGGUUCGACCUGGUGUCUACCAAGAAAAAAUUUAUGUGCCUAUAGACAAACCCUUUAUAACAAUGAGUGGCACAAACACAGAGCAUACCAUAAUAACAUGGAACCAAGCAGGAUGGAUAAAUCAAACCUCAGUCUUCACUGUGUGGGCUUCUGAUUUUAUAGGGCGCCAACUCACAAUUCAGAAUACAUAUGGAACCGGUGACAAAACAGUGGCACUAAGAGUAUCAGGAGACAGAGCAGCAUUCUAUGGGUGCAGAAUUUUGUCUCAUCAAGAUGCCUUAUUCGACGAGAUUGGCAAGCACUACUACAAAGACUGCUACAUUCAAGGAGACACUGAUUUUAUAUUUGGAAGCGCUGAUUCUUUAUAUGAGAAUUGUCACUUGCAUACACUUUCGGGUCAAAACGGCGCUAUAACGGCCCAACGGAGGACUUCUCCUUUAGAGGAUCCUGGGUUCACCUUUUUGUGGUGCAACAUAACCGGCGUCAAAACGGCACUCCUGGGAAGGCCAUGGGGGCCAUAUGCCAGAGUCAUAUUUGCCUACACUCAAAUGUCAAAUGUAAUUCUGCCACAAGGCUGGGACAGUUGGAGGCUAUCACCCUACAACUUGAGUAAGGUUUUCUAUGGGGAAUACAACUGUUUUGGACCGGGAGCCGUGACAACACGAAGAGUUAAUUGGGCACACAAGCUUACCACCAGAGAAUUUGCACCCUUCAUGGCUCAGGCUAGUGCCCUUCGGCGUACGAUAAUUGGUCUUGACGGAGGAAGAGGGCAACAUGUAGCUCCCACUAUGGUUCGUCCCGGCAGCGGAGGAGGAGGUGGAGGAGAGCAACAUGGAGCUUCCACUCCCAUUGGAAGAGAAGGAAACAAAGGGAAGGAGAAUGAGAGAAAUAGACAAGGCGCUCCACCUCGAGCUCUCACUGCCACGCCCGCUCCCAUUGGAGGAGAAGCCGCUCCACCUCGAGCUCUCACUGCCCCGCCCCCUCCCAUUGGAGGAGGAGGCACUCCACCUCUAGUUCUCACUGCCCCACCCCCUUUCAUUGGAGGAGAAGGCAGAAGGAGAGAUAAGGGAAAAAGACAAGCCGCCCCCCCCAGGCCUGCCACUGCCACGCCCCCUCCCAUUGGAGGAGAAGCCGCUCCACCUCGAGCUCUCACUGCCCCGCCCCCUCCCAUUGGAGGAGAAGGCACUCCACCUCCAUCUCUCACUGCCACGCCCCCUCCCAUUGGAGAAGGAGAAGGAGAGGGAAACAAAGAGAAGGAGAAUGGGAGAAAUAGCCCAGAGCAGGCUCCCGCUUCCGCUGCAUGGCUCAUCAUUGAGGGGUCGAAUAAUGAUGUGGAACGGAGUAGUGGUUCUCCUCGAGUGGGUGCAGCCCCUCUAGGUCUUCUGGGGUCUUUUCUCUUUAUAUUUUUAUAA